AUGUGGAUUGACGUCACAUGCACGAUCAACGAGCAACUUGUCCCCAAGCAAGAAAGCAAAAGGCCUGUUUGCAAUCCUGAUGAAAGAGUUGAAAGCUUUGCAAUUAAGACUUCCUUACCUAAUGUUUGUAACAAUCGACAACUUGUGCAGCAUAUCAAAAAUCUAGCAGAUCAUACCACCAAAAAUUUGUUUGUGGGGUCCUUCUUUGCCAAUUUCGUCUUCAUCAAACUGCUUGAUGAUGGUCAGGCUAUUCCAAUUAUUGAACAAAGUUUAUUCACAAAUAUAUUUGCGGCAAUGACUGGAAAUGGAUAG